GACUGCAGGGAGGAGCUAGGUGGCAGGCAGGGACAGCAACAAAGUUGGGAACUUCUGAACAAAAUAAAUGGCUGCUGGGUGAGCUGAGUCCUGGGCUGUGACAGGCACAGAAUUUAUAGAUAAUCAAGAGGUCAAGAAGCUACUGGAUUAAUCAGGAAAGCCAAGGCUAAGUAGGAAGGAGCGACAACUAAAAUUUCUCUUGGGGAGGUGAAGAAAUAUGGGUACCGACACCAAACUGGUCAUCAGCACGGCUUUUACCAGCUUUUUCACCUUUCAGCUUCUUUUCCACUUUAUAAGUUAUUGGUUUUCAGCAAAAAUUUCUUCAGGUUUUAAUAGUCUCAGCUUCGAAAAGAGGAUUGAAUGGAACUCAAGGGUAGUAUCUACAUGCCAUUCUUUGGUGGUUGGGGUCUUUGGCCUGUACAUUUUCUUGUUUGAUGAGGCUACUAUUGCUGAUCCACUUUGGGGUGAUCCGUCGUUUGUGAAAGUGAAUAUUGCUGUUGCUUCAGGCUACCUCAUUUCUGAUUUGUUGAUUCUCAUUUUGUAUUGGAAAGUGAUUGGUGACAAAUAUUUUAUAAUUCACCAUUGUACAGCGCUGUACGCAUACUACUUUGUACUGAAGGAUGGAGUGCUGGCAUACAUUGGGAAUUUUCGCCUGCUUGCAGAACUUUCCAGCCCUUUUGUGAAUCAGCGGUGGUUCUUUGAAGUUCUGAAGUAUCCUAAGUUCUCCAAGGCUAACGUGAUCAAUGGAAUACUCAUGACGGUGGUGUUCUUCAUCGUGCGCAUCAUCCCCAUCCCUCCUUUGUAUGGCUACAUUUAUUCUGUGUUUGGAACAGAAGCCUACAUGAGGCUUGGAUUUUUAAUCCAAUGUUCCUGGAUCUCUAGUUGUGUUGUUUUGGAUGUGAUGAAUGUCAUGUGGAUGAUCAAAAUCUCAAAGGGGUGCAUCAAAGUCAUCUCUCUCAUCAGACAAGAGAAAGCCAAAGAUAGUCUUCACAAUGGAAAACUUGACUAAAAGUGGGCUGUUGAUAAGCAUACUUCAUUAUUACCCACAUUAUAUCUACUGAUAGAUGAAUUCUUGGCAUGUUCUUGUGCUUCUUUAUUAAUUAUACUUGUUAUCCAGGGUUUCAGUGUCUUUUUGUUUUAACCUUUAGAACAGAAAAACUAAAAGUUAGUUUUUAUCCCAAGAUUUCUUUUCUGAUUUUCUUCUGCAUUAUAAGCAUGGGUAAAAUCUUAAAGGUUUAAAUAAAAACUUAUAAAUAUAGCGGUGAAUCUUUUCAGAAUCUGAUAACCUGCAUUGGUAUUCUCUGUGAAAAGAUGACUAUGCUUACUUGGUGCACUUGGUUUUAUAUCACCAAUUUUGCUGAAAGAAUGGGAACUGCUUUUAAAUCUGUAUAUAGCUUUCAACAUUUUGCUGUACCACACUCAUUUCUUCCUAUGGCUGUCAAUACCUAUGUAGGGUUUAAUUUCUACAUUGUUGAAAUAUUCUUUUUCUUAGGCUAUUAGAAGUGAUAUAUUUUUCAUUUAGAUAUGCUAUCAUCUAUUAAUGAUGAAGUAUUUUACUUACUUUGGGACAUUUAAUUAGUUCAGACAUGGAAAAUACUUCUUGCAUUUUUAGAUUUUUCAGACAUCAUUUUAUUAUUUCUAUUUUUAGCAUUUUAUCAAAUUGUUGCUUUUUCAUUUUAUGUAAGGCUUAAGACAGAUUUUAUAGAGCUCCUUAAGAGAUGAAUUUCUCCUUUUAAAGAUGCAUGUUAUAGAUGACUAUUUAGGCUAAUAGGAGGAAUCAUUAAGAAAAAGCUUUAACAGUGCUGUAUUCAUCUGCUUCCCUUAUACUUUUUCUAUGAAAAAUAUAUUAUUUCUGUUCGCAAAACUUCCCCUGAGUUUAGAACCCAACAUCAUCAGCACCAGAGUCUUUGCAAUAUGUAUUUAUCAUGCUCCUGAGGUAGGCCUCCUCUUAAUGAGACCAAAACUACAAAAAAAAAAAAAAUCAGUAUUCAUAUUUUACUCACAGUUUAUACCCAUGCUUGUUUAGUCAGCAUUUUGAGUGCUUUGAAUUUCUAUCUUUCCUAAAGGACAGGAAAAAAAUAGAUAAUUUAAUCCAAGUAUUCUGAUGAUCAGUAUUAUUGUCUUAUAUGAUGACAAAUGACUGGUGACUAUGGUUUUUUGUUUUUGUGUGUGAGUAUAUGCUUGCUUUUGCUUUGGUUCUUGCAACCCAAAUAUAGAAUUAUAUAGUUAGCUAUUAUUGCCUUUAUUUAUUUUUCUCAAGCACUUGACUUUAUGAUUGUUCUUACCUAAGAAAAAAGAAAUUUAAUUUAACCAAUGGUGAAUACUUGAAUUUGACUGAACUCAAACCGAAAGAUCUAAUCCAUUCAGUUUCUCAGUUUGAAGGAGAAUGUUUGACUCUCUUUCGUUGUUCAUGUUGUGCUGAUGAAGGAAGACUAGCUGGGUGUACCAAAUUUUUCGUUUAAUUUGAUUUCAUUUGAUUUGGCUGUCCAAAGCAGAUAGAGCCUGAUACGUUUUAGAAUGUUUAAAGAAGGUCAUUGAAAUCUCAGUCAAUAACUAAGUGAUAAAAUGAGAUUGGCUUAUACUCGGUACACUUAUCUUUGAAAGACGUAAAGCAAUGUAAAAUACAGGUGUUUGUUUUUAAAGCUACUAAUAUUACAUUGAUGAUUUGUUACAAAUUGUAGUGCCUUCCACAUCACAGGCACUUAAACACGUAUUGGUUGUAUAGAGGGGGUAGGAAAGCAUGUGGUUUUAUCUUCUUCCUUGCUUGCUGUUUUGCAAGAAAACCAGUUUUUUAAAAGGAAAACAUUUAUAUUAGGAAACUGUUUUGGAAAUUCAUUCCUUUAGAAAGUAACAAAACAUGAAAUAAAUAUUUUUGACUCUUUGAAUAUUUCUGUAGUUUCUGAACACAGAUUUUAAACCCACCAUCAAAAUGAUAUUAGAAAGCGAUAAUAUUAGUGAGUUUCCAUUUAGCAGUUUCAGUUUUUAUAGUUUCUAUUUCAUGCUUAAAACUUCAUUUUUACUUUCAUUGACAGCACCUUUCCUUAGUGUAGCUGCUCAUUAAAUAAGUACAUUAAAAGUGUCAAUGUUUUGACCUGGUUUGUUAUUCCCUUAGUCAGCAAUUCUUAUUUUAUGCUGGCUGCGUGACAGCCAGUUCAGCACCCAGAGUCAAUAUCCAAACAUAGAUUCUACGUAUUUACUCAUACAACAGACAUGAAAUGGAAAAGACGCUACAAACUGCCCCUGCUUCAAGUCUGAUCUGUACAGGAGCUAUACUUGGCUGUUCUGUGAUUGUAUCCACCUACCUAAGAAACAAGUCAAGACAGAACAUAUCAUUUAUCAAACGAUGAAUUUUUCAUUCAUUAAAUGACAAAUUUUUGCUAGACAUUUUACUUAUUAAGUAUUUUGACUACAUGGAUUAAUUUAAAUGAUUCUAUUAGGCACUCUGAUAUUUAACAACUGUUAAAAUAUUUAUACAAAAUAAAAGCAAAUUGGUACAAAUUUUUAAGCAACUCUAUUUUUAUAGAAAAGGAUUAGGGACAACCUGUAACUAUCAAGAUGUUCUUUGAAUGUGUAGUAGACUGGAAAAUAAAAAUUCUUACAAAAUUUUGAAAAUGAAGGAAAAUCAAAUAAAUAGUAUGCAAGAUCAUAAAUUCUGCAUUAGAUAUUUUCUUUGGGAGAAUUUAAAAAUUAUGAGCUUGAGUUUAUAGAGUUUGCAUUCUUGUGUCUAAAAUCUUUUUAAUAAGUAUUGUUUGCAUUUGUUUAAAACUCAAAAUGGAGUUAUGUAUGAGUGCAAAGAAAUUAACUCCUGCUUUAAUUGUAUCCUGAUAUGUUAUAGUAAGUUGAAAUGUAAUUUUUAUUCCAACUGUUUGAUUUUACUUCAAGGAUUAGCCCUAUGUUAAGAGAAAUAAUAAUGUCUUCACCAUUCCUAAGGGUGACUCAUAUACUGUGGAGGACCCAGUACUGUUAUAAAGGCCUAGUGUUAAAAACUGCCUAGUUUAUAGGUAUUUGAAUCAAAUUCUUUUCUAAAUUUUAAUAAUCUAUUUGACUCAAAUCAAGUUUUCGCUGUAGUAUCAGUUUUAAAAUUGUACACUUUCUCUGAGGUGCGUUGGGCAUAUGGAACAUGGUUCUUCACCGGUGUGAAGAGCCAGCUUUACUGUCGGUUACACCAUUUGUUACCAGGUGUUUAGAAAUAUUUUUCUCAUGGAGAUAUAUAGGGGAAAGUAUGCUGUAAUAUUCAUGUUUGUUCUGUUUCAUUUUUAAAGGAAAUAAACAUGUUCCAAAAGACAUUAUUAAAAUAAAUGUUUGAACAAAUUUCAGUUUCCAGGUUACUCGCAACUCCAAAUAUGUAAGUAUAUAUUUGAAUUGGCUUUAAGUGGUUUAGUCUGUUGGAUGAAAUAGAAGAGUCCAUGUAAUUGUUGACAUUAUCAAUUAUACUUCAUAGAAGACUAUUUAUGUGUUUUGGAUCCUAUAAGAAGCAAACUCAUAUAAUUUUAUCAGAAAUGUGGCACGGUGUUUCUCAACAGGUACAGACCAGCCCAGCAGUGAGACCCUCUCCUGUCUCACUGUGUCAGGAGGCCCUGGGCACACACACACCUUCCCAGCCUUAACCACAGCUGGUUGACGACAGACACACUAAAGCUACUGAAAGUGAGUUCUGACGUUAAACACAUAUGACAUGGAUGAGAACAGUGAAAAGCCAGCAGGAGCUGGAGUUGGAGGAGACACCAUGACUGAUGUUCCCUGAAAGCCAUGAUGCUUCUCCCUCCAUCUAGAAGUUUUUUCUCUGAAUCCUUCCAGCCCUUCCAACUCCUCCUCCUAGUACCCUAAAGGCUUCAUCAGCACUUCCCUCCCUUAUGCUAACACCUUUCUAUGUCAACUUCUGAGGCCUCACCAUACCUGCAAGCUUCCCAGUCUAUUGUGGCAAAUUUAUAAGUUUACAAAUAUGUUCUUUCAUUGAAAAAAACUAUUGCAGUAAGUUUAAGUAGCAAUCAGACAACCCAUAAUUUACUAAGAGGCUAAAGGAAGUCAUUUAGCAUUUAAUAAGACUUGUUUACAACAUGAAGCAAAGCUAAUAAUGUUAUGGUUUUACUGAGAAACAUCUGUGGUCUCUUUUUCUUAAACUGGUUUGGCAAUAAGAGCUUUAAAGCAUGUUUCAGCUGGGGAUUCAUUGUAGGCGUGUAAAUUAUCUAAAUGUUCUCCCGUAGACCCUACAACAGGAGGAAGAGGCACUGAAGUAGCUCUGUGUUAGGAGGGGGUGGUGGUCUGUGGCAGCAUUGUUGAGUCCUGCUCUUUAAUCGAGCAAACUUAGUCAUGGUCAUGUUACUCUUAAAACAAAGUUAUCAGCAAAUAGAUUAUGCAAGGUGUUUCCCAAAGUACAACCUCCAAGGACUUGAGCCCUAUCCCUUUGCAGCCUGGACCUCAAACUGCCUCGACUAGCUUUGAUAAUAGGACAUACUUUAUUGGAGGAUAUUUUGGAUAGCAGCAAAGAACUGAAGGCAGCUGCUAAAGAUUGGUUUGUUUGCAUUGAAAUGUUUACACCGAUUCCCUCUGAGCAGUAGACAGUUUUGCUAUCAGGCCCUAUAUUUAAGACCAAAAACAGAAAUAUUUCUAAAUUUCAAAGAUAGAAAUACAACACCUCUGGCUGGAAACGCGUUCAUCUUCAUCUGUAUAUUUUUUUCUUUAUAUCUUUAUGUAAUUCUUUCUGUAAAUGUGCAUUAAGGUAUUUGCUACUUCUUGGUGAAUGAAGUCUAAAAAUAGAACUAUAAAUAAAAUAUACUAUAUAUUUUUCUGUUUCUUGCUUGGUUUGCUUCCACUAUGAUUGUGUCUACUUUUUACUUAAGGAAUUUUUACAUAGAUGAUACUCUCUUACUAACUUGUAACUAGGAUGAGUUAUGAGAUUUUUUGGUAAUUAUUAGAAUUUGUAAUAAUAAUAACUUUUAGACAUAGAUUUAAUUCGAAAAAGUUACUUGAAAACUGCAGUAACUAUGAUAGCUAUAGAGAUAUAUACACAAUUUUUUUCUGAGAAUAUAUAACAUUAAUAUUUAAUUGUCAUAAAGAUUUUGGAAAUCUUUCAAAAUACAUUUAACAUUUUGAGAACACACCUUCUAAUUUAUUUCCAUAAGGCUGAAGAUGUUUUGUUUUAUUUACAAAAUGUAAGACCUGGUAACUUACAAAUCAGUGUUACUCAGACUUAUCAGCAAUUAAAAUAGCAAUUUCGUAUUUUUUAUUUUGGUUUUUGGUUGUGCUUUAUUUGUAGGGAUUAAUAAAUACCUUUAGGUAUUUCCCUUAAAAUUUCAAAAUGUUUGUAUACUUUAUUUGUGUGCAAUUUUAAAGUAUAUGCAAAUUCUAAGCAAUAAUCUGCAUGUUAUACAAGGUUGGCAUUACUUUGUCAUGACAAUUUUGUUUAAUAUUAAUUUUGAGAAUGUGUCUAAAAUCAAUAUCUUAUAUAUAAAUCACCCCUCCCCUCCAAUGAAAACCUUGGGAUUGUCUUGUGUUAGAACACUACUAUAAUGUGGUGCAAAGCUUUGUAUUUUGUGAAAAAAUUUAAUAAAAUCACAAUUACUUAGUGCAAAA